AUGUCAUUUGUGACAGUUGUAGUCUCAUUUGUAUUCUUAUUUUCAAUCAAUGUUACAUCAAUUCAAAUUAAUCUUGAUCUCACCGAUGUGGUGGAUAAUAACGAGAGUAAUAGUGCAAUACAACACGAUUGUCUUCAUAUUCCUGCAUGGAAAAACGAACACAAUAUUCGGGAACUUAUUUCAUAUUGUAUGAAUGAAUGGUCAUCAAAAUGGAACAUAACAAAAAACAGUGUUGAUGAAGUAUUUACAUUUGCUGAUCUUUCUUAUCUGAAUAUUACUAGUCAACAACUUUAUCUUUGGUCAGCAUCAAUGGAUAUUAUUGAAAAAUACCAAGUUUAUUUAGAUGAACGUUUGAUUUCCAAUCGAUCAUUGAUGUCAGCGGAACGAUACUAUAAUUGUACAUUACCAAAAUUUGGACCAAUGUGUCAAUAUUCAUUCGAUAAUUACCAAUCGGAUCAUGUAUCAUUAAAUGAAACUCUUUAA